UUCGAAAAUACAACAAAAACCAUCCGAACCGCGAUUAAUCCGUGGAUCUGCCAUUCGGUGCGAACGCACACCCCUGCUGAUGACUACCUGAGAGACGUCUGUCUCUCUCUCUGCUGUACUCUACUCUGCUUAUGCUGCUCUUACUCGAAGCUAGGGUUUCGAUUUCGAUUCGAACUCGACUAUAAUGGUUGAGAGAAGGAAGCCUUUGGUAUUGUCUUCAACCAAAGCUCUCAUCAAUUCGUUACUGAAUUCAUCAAAACCUCAACAAAUCCAUGGAAUUGACCCAACUACCCCGGCGUCCGGCAAUGAAAGCACUCCGUCUGUGCUGUUACCGGCGGGAAUUAUUCGAUUUUCGAAGGACAGAAAGGACAUUUUGGACCCCAAGGUCGCUUCUCUUGACGACUCUGCCUUGGUUGGGCUUCCGACGUCUGUGCUCAAGAAACUAUCGGUCACCUCAGGCUCAUUGAUAUUUGUCAAGAAUGUUGAGAUGAACGAACGGAGAAUUGGCCAAGCUUUUGUUCUAGAUCCUCCCUCCAUCCAUGAACAUUUGGGCGACAACAAAUUGCCUUUCCCCAAAUCUCCAAGAGUAAUGCUUGUGUUUCCUUCAUAUAGUUACCCCCAAAUUCACCAUGCACCAUUGGACCAAGAGGUUGCCUAUGUAUCUCCUCUACUGGCGUUUAACCUUAGCUUGCAUGUAUCAUGCUUCAAGUCUCUUGUUCACCAAGGUAAAGAGACUUUGGCAUCUCUAUUUGAAGUUAAAAUGGAUGAUCACACAAAUGGGAAGGGGAGUGAAACCUCUAUCAUCAGUUUAACACUUCAACCAUGUGCUGAAUUGCCAAGUUAUGCCUCACACUUGAGGAUUUCUUUUGUGAAGAUACCGGAAUGUGGUAUCCUUGAAUCUCUUAAAGGAAGUUCAUCUGUUGAAGCUAAAGAUCGUCAAGAGAUGAUUGAUUUGGCAUUACACAAAUACUUUGAAAAGGAUAGAUAUCUUGCCAGAGGUGAUCUUUUCUGUAUCUACAUCAAUUGGAAUUGCAAGUCAGCUAUGUGCAUUCCUUGCAGCCUAAAGAAACAAAAUGCCAGUGACGAGAUAAUCUACUUCAAGGUCAUGGCUAUGGAGCCGUCUGAUGAACCAGUUCUUAGAGUCAAUCGGAUGCAAACAGCACUUGUGCUUGGAGGGAGUGUUCCUUCUGCUGUUCCUCCAGAUCUGUUAAUUUCUAAGUCAAAAGAUUUUGUGCCUUUACAACGGGACACAGUCAAGAUUUUGGCCUCAAUACUUACACCACCUUUAUGCCCAUCAGCACUUUCAUCAAAGUUUAGAGUUGCUGUUCUGUUAAAUGGUUUGCCUGGGUGUGGCAAAAGGACUGUGGUUAAAUAUAUUGCUAGCCGAUUGGGCCUUCAUGUAGUAGAAUAUAGUUGUCAUAAUCUAGUGGGAUCCUCUGAAAGAAAGACAUCUGUUGCAUUAGCAGAAGCUUUCAAAACAGCUCGCAGAUACUCACCAGCAAUUCUUCUUCUCCGCCAUUUUGAUGUUUUGCGGAACCUGGUUUCUCAAAUGGGUUCGCCUCUUGAUCAAGUUGGUGUUACGUCUGAAGUUGCAUCUGUUAUCAGGGAAUUUACAGAGCCAGUUAUGGAAGAUGAAGACAUUUAUUAUGAAGAAAUUUCCAAUGAUGAUUCUCAAGGGAAGGGUACUGAAACAGUAAGCAGGCAUCCAUUGCUGUUAGUUGCGGCUGCUGACAGUUCUGAAGGUCUGCCACCAACUAUUAGGCGUUGCUUCACUCAUGAGAUUAGUAUCGGGCCUUUGACUGAAGAACAAAGGGUUGAAAUGCUGUCCCAGUCACUUCAUGAUGUUUCUGGAUUGCUUCCUAAUGUAGGUUAUUAUUUCUUGCAGGCUGCUUCAGAUGAUUUUAUAAAGGACAUAGUUGGACAGACAUCUGGUUUCAUGCCCAGGGAUUUGCAUGCUUUAAUCGCUGAUGCUGGUGCAAAUUUAAUUCCUAGGCAGAAUAUUCAAUUUGACAAAGCUGAGCCUGAGAUCUUGGGUGAGAAGAGAUCUAUUUUGCUCAAACCUGAGCAGGAUAAUAAGUCAUCUGAUGAUGCAUCUCGGGUUCUGGGUAAAGAAGACUUGAUCAAAGCUUUGGAGCGAUCAAAGAAGAGGAAUGCAUCAGCGUUGGGCACUCCAAAGGUUCCUAAUGUAAAAUGGGAGGAUGUUGGUGGGCUUGAGGAUGUUAAGAAAUCAAUUCUGGAUACUGUUCAGCUGCCUCUUCUGCACAAGGAUCUGUUUUCCUCUGGGUUACGCAAGCGCUCUGGUGUCCUUCUUUACGGUCCUCCGGGUACAGGGAAAACUUUAUUGGCGAAAGCUGUUGCAACAGAAUGCUCUCUGAAUUUUCUUAGUGUAAAAGGGCCUGAACUGAUCAACAUGUACAUAGGAGAAUCAGAGAAAAAUGUGCGCGACAUUUUUCGGAAGGCCAGAUCAGCACGUCCAUGUGUUAUCUUCUUUGAUGAACUUGAUUCUCUUGCUCCAGCCAGGGGUGCUUCCGGAGAUUCUGGGGGUGUUAUGGACCGUGUGGUUUCUCAGAUGCUUGCCGAGAUUGAUGGACUGAAUGACACAACACAGGAUUUGUUUAUAAUUGGAGCAAGCAACAGACCAGAUCUGAUUGACACAGCUCUUCUACGGCCAGGCCGAUUUGAUAAGCUGCUUUACGUUGGAGUUAAUUCUGAUCCAUCUUACAGGGAGCGAGUCCUUAAAGCGCUGACCAGGAAGUUUAAAUUGCACGAAGAUGUGUCUCUUUACUCGAUAGCAAAGAAAUGUCCCUCAAACUUUACUGGCGCAGACAUGUAUGCCUUGUGUGCAGACGCAUGGUUUCAUGCUGCAAAGCGCCAGGCUUUAGAUCCAAGUUCAGAUUCAUCUUGCACAGAUGAUCAAGCAGACUCCAUUGUUGUUGAAUUUGAUGAUUUUGUGAAGGUCUUAGGAGAGCUGUCACCCUCACUUUCUCUAGCGGAGCUUAACAAGUAUGAAUUGUUGCGAGAUCAAUUUGAAGGACGUUCAAGAUGAAUUCAAUUUAAGGUGAAUUCAAUUUGUACUGCUUUAUAUAGAUGUUCUUCCCUUCAUAUGUUUCAAUCACAGCAGUGACAAUUCAAAAUCGUAGAGUAAAAAACUCCUAUCGGGGCUGAUUUUCCUGUUUCUGACAGCAUACAACUUAUAUGUUGAAAAUUUUCUUGUCAGUACCCGGCCUACCUAUUAACCAUUUUUAGGAGACGGAAGCUUCUGGAUAUACUCUUUCAAAUUUUCAUUACACCCACCAUAUGGAUUGUAAUAUUUAGAAAGAAAGUCUUAUCCAAUUGAGUGUAGAAAGAUAUUUAGGUGCAUUUACAUGAUCUCUUGGAAGCCAAAUGGGGCUCUAUUUAGGUGCAUUUUUAUUAAAAUAUCAUUCUGGAUGUGUUUUUUGUAUAGAAUUUUUGUUUGCAAAUCACUUUCCUAAUACUAAUAUUUCAAUGUUAAUUCAGGUA